AUGACGUCGGCUAUCUUCAACAAGUGGUUGGAGGAUUUCAACAAAGAUAUGCGGCUUCAGCGACGACAUGUGGUGUUACUAGUUGACAACUGUCCUGCCCAUCCACCAAAUGAAAACCUGGGAAACGUAAAGCUGAUGUUUUUGCCACCGAGAACUACGUCUGUAAUCCAGCCAUGUGAUCAAGGGAUCAUCAGAAACCUGAAAGGCCACUACAGAAGUCAGGUUGUUCACAAGAUAAUUGAUGACAUCGACGCUGAUGACGAACUGAGCGCGAAUGACAUUGCUAAAAAGUUAACUUUGUUAGAUGCCAUCUACAUGCUGAGAAAAGCCUGGAACAACGUCACGUCGUCUACAAUUGUAAACUGUUUUCGAAAAGGUGGCUUUUUCAAGCCAGAUGUUCAGCAACCUGUAGAAAGUGACAACUCUGAUGACACCAAUUUCGCUGCACCGACUGGACUAACUAACGAGGCAUUUCAACAAUUCAUCUCCCACGACGACACACUGGACUGCUAUCAACCACAGACUGACGAAGAAAUAUGUGCAGUGUUCACACAACAGGAUUCAACAUCAACAACGGUAAACGAAUCAGAUGACAACGACGAUCACGACUACCUACUGCCCGUCACCAACGGUGAGGUGAAAACAAUACUCGGCAGAGUGAGGCGCUUUUUAGAAGAGAAUGGGUGUGAGGACUUUGACAGGUACCAGUUAGAAGAUUUGUGUGAAACAACAUCGGCUGCAAACCGCUGUCAGCGAAAAAUGACCGAGUUCAUUAACUGGAUUCCUUGA